AUGAGCAGCAGCAGCGGUCUCCAUGUGCGCACGGGCGGCAGCCCCGGGACCAGCGGCGGCGGACGCAGCGCUGGCCCAUCCUUACGCAGUAGCCAAGCGUCCACGCGUCCCAGCAGCUCACGCAGCAGUCUGGCGUCCAGUCGCGGAGGCAAGAAGGCGGAUCUGGAGCAAGUGCGACUAGUGGGCACCCAUUAUCAAUUGGGGGCUGAAAUUGGGCGCGGAGGCUUUUGUAUCGUGUACGGGGCGCUGGAUCUGCGCAAUGGACGUUCUGUUGCCAUUAAACAAGUGUCGCUUCGAGAUAUUGACAAGGAUGAACUGCUAUCCAUAGAGACGGAGAUCAGUCUGCUCCGUAAACUGAAGCACGAGAACAUCGUCAAGUACCACGACACUAUCAAGACACAUGGAUACCUGUACAUUGUACUGGAGUACAUGGAGAACGGCUCAUUGGCGCAAUUUAUCAAGAAGUUCGGAUCUCUGUCCGAGACGCUCGUGGCCAUGUACAUCACACAAGUCCUAAGAGGGCUGGCGUAUCUACACGAGCAAGGUGUGCUGCAUCGAGACGUUAAAGGAGCAAAUAUCCUUACCACGAAAGACGGAUUAGUCAAGCUGGCGGACUUUGGGGUGGCGAUCAAGUUAAACGAGACGCAGAAGGCAAACUCCGUUGUGGGAUCGCCGUACUGGAUGGCGCCGGAGGUGAUUGAGAUGGCUGGCUGGUCUUCUGCGUCGGAUAUCUGGAGCGUGGGAUGCACGAUCAUCGAGCUGUUGACGACCAAGCCGCCGUACUUCGACUUAGCGCCAAUGGCUGCGCUGUUCCGUAUCGUACAAGAAGACCAUCCACCGCUACCGCAACGCAUGUCCCCGGCUUUACACGAUUUCAUCAUGAAGUGCUUCAUGAAGGAGCCGCGACUGCGAGCAUCGGCCGAGGAGCUUCUCGCACAUCCGUGGAUUGCGCAAAUACCGAAGAAUAAGGUCGAACAGAGCACGCAGCUUGUAGCAGAGAGCGUCACGUCUUCGAAUGACCGCGACGCUGUGCUGAAUACGAUUAAACUGUACGAGAAGAGCUCGUCCACGACAGAUGUACCACCGACCACAACAGCCAAAGCCUCGCGGUCUCUCAGUGUUACAAAUGAACAGUCCGACGAGGAUGUCGAGGACUGGGACGACGAGUUUGGAGUGGAUUCCAACCCCACACCGUUCGUAUUGAGAGAGGAUGGCGGCAGGAGAGACAGCAAGACAGCAGCGGAAAUUGCACCAAGUAAGCCCAAGUUUCAACUCUCGAAAGAAGAUGCCAACGCUCUGUUUGAUGACAACGUGUGGGAGGAUGAAGAGCCCGACACUACGGUACCAGAGAGGCUGGAUGUCAGUCCCGAGAGCAGUCAAGGCAACACGAACGAAAGCAAGACUGACAAGCUGAACUCGUGGGACCGAUCGUCGCUUAUUCCUGCCCAAAGCCGCAUAGCGAAGCUCCAGCAAUUUGUCGAAGAUCCGGAAGAAGAUCUCGCUUUCGACGAUAUCGACGAGACACAGCUCUUACAGGCGGCAGCAAAGCAGCAACGUGCUUUGGAGACGGAGACUAUGACUGUUGUCCCAGCUAAGAAGUCGCUGAAUGCAUUUAAGGAGGACGACGAUAUCGAUGGCAGCUUCGAUUUUGCAGAAGGUCAAGGGAACUUGGUGCUGCGUGUUGGAGGUAACCGUGGGAGCAAUGCAGACUCGUCUUCAGGUGGGAGUGCGCAAGAGAAUUUGUUCGACGACGAGCUGGACUUUGACUAUUCGACUGCUCGAGACACGAACCAGAAGGCCACUGCUCGAGUGGUGGAGCUACUGUCGCUACUGGACCCCAGCAUGGAAGACCAGGUGAUCCUUGAUGCCUGCAACAACUUGGAAGAAUUAUUCGACCAGAACGUGACGCUGAGGAGGGAUUUAAUGUCGCAAGGCGGAGUGGUUCCCAACAUCAUGGAGGCUUUAGAAAUGAAGAAGAUGGACGUGCUGCAUGCUGUGCUUCGAGUUAUUAACAUUAUUGUGGAGGGUAACAAGAAGUUUCAAGAAAACUUGGCGCUGGUGGGUCUUGUGCCGGUGAUUAUCAAGCUCACGAAGCAACACAAUCCUUAUUACUUGCCCGGUGGAAGCAGCCGAGGAUUCCGUGUCGGAAGUCCAGAAGACAGCGAGUUCUCGAUCGCUGUGCGGAUGGAAGCCGCCAAGUUCGUGCGACAGUGCUGCAAGACAAGUUCGUUGACGCUGCAGAUGUUCAUCGCGUGUGGUGGAUUGCCUGUGUUGGUGGAUUUCCUGACGCUAGACGCCAAACCCUCCCAUCUCGACUACGACACGGAUCUUCUACGCAUCGCUUUGGACGGAAUCUUCAGUGUCUUCAGCCUCCAGACCAUCCCGAAGAACGACAUCUGCCGACUAUUUGUCAAAGCUGGGCUCUUGAAGAAGUUCGUGGUCGUAUUUUCCGAAAUUGUCGUGUCGUGGACCAUGAAGGAACUGCACAAAACGUGUGACAUAUUCGUACUCUUUUCUCAAGGUGAUGCCGUGGUGAAGGAGCACAUGUGUGAUGGCGCUGUGCUCGAAGGACUGCUCGAAGCGAUCCAUCCCGGCGCGCCUCUCUUUAGCGUCGGCGAGGAACAGCCUGAGAGUAAACGGACACUGCCGCUGAUACGCCAUUCGGAUGAAUAUGUCUCGGCCAUGCUGAAGCUUCUUAAGUGCAUUCGAAACCUGAGUAUGGAGCCUCUGACGUUGGAGAAACUGGACCGAGCUGGAGCCAUCCCGACACUUGUGCGUCUGCUGAACGAGCGGGAGACUAAAGGUCCGUCGAUCUCUGAUGUGAAGCGGAAAGAAGUGGAGAACAUCGUGCUGCAGUCCAUGUUCUACCUGUGUCGGAUCAACCGGAAUCGACAGACUCAUGCAGCUCAAGCUGGCGUCAUUCCGUCGCUUAUCAAGGUGGUUAGGAACUCAAGUCCGCUCAAGCAGUUCGCUCUCCCGAUCCUGUGCGAUCUGGCACACGCGUCGCCUACAGCACGCGCUCAUUUGUGGACUUUUGACAGCGUGACGCUGUUUCUGGAGCUGUUGGAAGACAAAUACUGGCAGAUCGACGCUAUCAAGUCCAUCAGCGUGUGGCUUGUACACGACACAGUCAAGAUGGAGAAUGUUCUGCUCGUCCCCGAGAAUCUGAUGAAGAUUAUGGUCUGCUUUCGCAACGCCUUGGACACGGAGUUGGAGAACUUACUGGAGCCGUUGUUGGAGAUUCUGAGUCGCUCGGUUCGACUCAACCAGGCUCUCGGACGCUGUGGCAUGUUCGUGACGGAGAUCUUGAGGCGCCUGCGACUCAUCCCGAAGGCGAUUGUACGCAAGAACCUGCUCAAGAUGCUCAAGAGCCUCUUCGAGUCGCACACUUCGCCGAUCCAGUUCCUCGUCGAGUACAACCUGCGUCCGAUUGUGUACGCUUUGGCACAAGACGAGAACAGUAUGAUCUUGGUGAAGGAGAUAGCGUCUCAACUUCUCCAAGCUAUCCUGGUGGCUGCCGGAGUGUUUUAG